UGUUAAUUGAAGCCCUAGCAUAAACAUCACAAUUAAGGAGCAUGAUAAAAUGCUUGAAAUGUUAUUGAAACUUCAACGGAAAUCACAGAUGUCAUAAACUGAAAUCAAAUACCUCACGAAAUUUUGAUGUGAACCCAAUCGAUAAAGAUUUCUUCUUCCAGUAGUGGAAAUUAGAGUUUAGUUUUGAUUGCAGCCGGUGAUUUAAGCGACAAAUAGCAUUCUGCAGGCGUAUCUGGCAGUUUCCAAUCUAUAACCUCUGUGAUCUGUGGUAGUAAGUGCCGGAUUCCUCAUCUCAGUAGUGAUAGAGCUUAUAAAAUAAUUUACGAAGAAAAUCACUGCUUAGAGCUCCUGAGAGGGUCUCUACGUUUAACUGUUACUGGCAUUGGUUUUAACCCAAAUUCUUGGCGAGAUCAUGAAGAAUCCUAUUGAGGAAAUUGGCAUUUUACAUAGGAGUAAUGUUCACAUAAAAAAUAAGGAUAAACUGAAUGAAAUCCUCAAUAAUAUCGCAAGGGGAGGUUUGAGGAAGUUGCAAGUAGUGUCUGAUUUUGACAAAACAAUUACCAAGCAACAUGAGGAUGGCAUCCCACAUUUGAGUAGUUUUGCGAUGUUUAGUCGAAUUCGCUCAGCUGCUGAAGAUGAAACUUAUCAAGCUACUGUGAAGAAACUGCGUCAGAAAUAUUACCCAAUUGAGCUGGAUCCUCAUAUUCCAGUUAAGGAUAAAAUCAAACAUAUGGAAGAUUGGUGGAAUUUGUCUGAAAAAGCAAUUAGUGGAUUGAUGGUAACUCAACAAGACAUCGAUGAUGUUUGUUUGGAAUGUAAGCCUUCAUUAAGAAAUGGAUGCAAGGAGUUUUUUAGAGACUUAAAUGAUAGCAAUGUUCCAGCACUCGUGUUUUCUGCUGGCUGUGGUGAUAUAGUGGCAGCGGUGUUAAAACAUGCUGGUGUUUACUUACCAAACGUUAAGGUGAUCUCAAAUUUUCUAAAAUUUAAUGAAGAUGGCACAAUUAUGGGCUUCAAAGACAAAAUAAUUCACGUAUUUAAUAAAAACGAAUAUGCUGUGAAAAACACCGAUUUUUAUGGUGAGGUUGCGGAUAGAGAAAAUGCAAUUGUUCUCGGCGAUUCCUUGGGAGAUGCUGCUAUGACACAAGGCAUGGAACAUUGCCAGAAUGCCCUAAAAAUUGGUUUCCUUUAUGAGCAAAUUGAAGAUUCGCUUCCACAGUAUUUGGACACUUUCGACAUUGUGUUGGUGGAUGAUCAAACAAUGGACGUUCCUAGAGCAAUAUUUGAUUACAUUCGAGAUGCUGCACGUUAAGCAAAAUUUUUCAUUGAAUACUCGCUCUCUAGUAAUGUCGUUUCUGUCGUAUUUUAUAUAAUCUCAAUCGCACUGGAUUACUCACCAGGAAUUGUACUUAUUAGCUGUACUUACAGGAAUAAACUGAUGUAUUUAAUAACUA